UAAUCAUCAAAUAUUUUCAUAGCCACGUCAACAUAAUGACUGCUGAACCAUUUUCGCCGCGCCGUCAACUAAUCAAACACAAUUCUGAACAUGAUCUUUAUUCGCAAUUUGAUCAACUUGCUAAUAGCAGACAAGUGAAACAUGAUGAAAGUAAUUCUAUACGACGUCGUGAACGUAUCAAAUCAUUUAUUGAUUUUGAUGAUGAUUCCGAAGAUUUUGAUGAUGAUUCACAGCCAGUUGAACAAUCUAAUCAUACCAAUGAUAGACGACGAUCUGUCAAAAGUAGUACAUCCGAUUAUUAUAAAAACGAUCUCAUUACUGUCUUUCAUGCCAAACAACACAAUUCAGAAUCAGAAUGUCAACAUGCAAACAGUACAGCCAGCAAUGAUGAUAACAACAACAACAAUAAUAAUAAUAAUGAUGAUGAUGAGGAAGAUGAUGAAUGGAAUGAAUUUCAACAUUCUUUGCCUAAUGUCGAUAACAAUAUGGAUACACUUGAUAAACAUUUACAACGACCAACACUGAGCAGCGAACCUGAUGAUGGUGCCGACGAAAUAAUAGACGAAGAAGAUGAUGUUUCCGAAACAGAAUCAAACGUGCUAUACGGACGACUUAAUCAGAUGGAACAGGAACAAGAAUUGCUGAACAAUUCAUUGGUUGCUCUUACGUCUCACUUUGCUCAGGUGCAAUUUCGAUUACGACAAAUUGUCGAAGCCAAAGAUAUUGAUGCCCAAAAACGUGAAACAUUGUUGGCGGAACUUGAAACAUUUGCUAAUCGUGGUAUACCUGAACUUAUGCUUUGCACAAAUCCAACCUCAACGAUUUGCGGUAGUACCGGUGGUCUUCAACGAUCAGUAUCGAUGGCCACUAGUCUAAUGGCUGAUGAUGUUUUCGAUGACGAUGACAACGAUGGCCAUAGCUUUGCUGAAAACGGUAAUGAAGGUGAGGAUCAUGAUCGUGAUGAUGUUGGAGGUCGAGAGCGUACUCGAAACAGCUGGGGCUGUUCGCAAACUGGAGCUGAUUAUGCUGAUUCUAUACAUAGCGGUAUGACCACCACUACUACCACUACUGAUCGAACACAUAAGCCGCAUCAUUCGAGUACGAUGCUCAUUACCGAAGAGAAACUAGAACGACAAAGAAAUCGCCAAAAAGAACUAAUUGGACAGCUAAAAGAACAGCUAGAAGAUUUGGAGCGAUAUGCUUACGAAACGGGAGAACUUAAUUCGCUUCCUAGUUCCAUGUUGCUCGAGCGACAAAAUGCUAUUAUCGAACAGCUCAAGUCUAAAUUGCCCAUUCUUUCUAUCGAUGAAAUCGAUCAUCUUACGCCAGAAGAAUUACGCCGUAAAGUGGAUCACGCCGUCAAAGAGCUAGUUAAUCCGGUCAUUAUGAAAGAACAGCUUGUAUCGCAGCUGAAAACCCAAGUGACAGACUUGGAACGUUUUAUUCAAUUUUUGCAACAAGGUGGUGCUAAGAAACACAAACAUCUGAGCGCACAAUUAGCCGACGGUACUUUACCAUCAUCAUCAUCAUCUUAUUUAAUGAAAUUGCUGUCCAAAAAACGGUCAAACAAUGACACAACAACUUCUGAACCUGUUGACAAACAACGUCAACAUAAUACCAAUCGAUCGAGAACAAAAGUCCGAACCAAUAAACCUCAAGACAAUAAUGGUAAUACCGAAACAGCUGCCAACAUUUUCAAAAGAAUUCUUUCGUUAUUGCAUGUUUUCGCUUGGACACAGCUAGGAGCCUGUACCAAUUUCGCUCGUUAUCAUGAUAGCCGCAUUCCGUUCGAACAAAACAUACUUAAACGAACAACUGCUUCUUGUGCCAGACAUUGGGGUGAUUUACGUGCACAUCUAGAAAUGGCCAUCACAUCUAUACUCGAUUUUUAUCAGGAACAAAAUAUGAAUCGCACAACAAUAACGACAGUCAAUACAAAUGAUGAUACAUCUGAAGAAUGUACCGAUUUUAUUUCAUUAGGCAAUACUGCACUAGUAAUCGACAAUUAUUUUGCCUACGAACGAGUGACAUAUAUGGUACGGAAAGAAUUAGCCAUUGCUCUUAGAAAUCUCAUACAUCAUGGACUUAUUGGUCAUUGUAGCUGGCUUGAUUCAAAUGCCGCAAAUUCCAACAAUGGGUCUAUGUUGUUAAGUAAUUCAGCCAUGACAGCCGCAAGUGCAACUACCACUGUUGGUCAAUUAUUCAGUAUGGGAAUGGGAUGUUUUAGUGCUAAAGCAACACCUUUAUUAAUAAGCAAAACAAGACCCAUGCAUGUAUGGCAACUUAUUAUCUUUUACUAUGAACUCAAGAAUGGCAGCAAAUUCCGAUCUACACCUAGUCGUCGAUUAUCGCAAUCAUUUGGUCUGCAAGCAGUUGCCGGACAUCAAGCUAGUCCCAAACAUAGCUUGUUAGCGGCCAUUGACGACAUCAACGAUUCACAUACACGCCUAAAACGAAGUCUAGAUUCGCAUUUCAAAGCGUUUGUUUGUCGUGGACUGAAUCAACAGAUGCUUUCUCAAUGGUUGCGACUCAUUCUUCGUAAUCCUACUAUUGUCAACGAAUGUUAUGAAAAAUGGUCAUACACAGCAUCUACUGGUUUUGAAGAUGCACUUCGACAAUUAGAUCGACUGUCCAAUCUUCGAUUCUGUUUACCAACCGAUCUGGCACCUAAUCGUAAUCAACUGGAAAACUUUGCAAAUUUGGCCGAAAAAAUAUCGGACAGGCAGCACACCAAGUACUGUGAACGUUUUGGCACUAUUCUCAAUGAACAAGCUGAUAUUAUUUGGCCUCAGGUGAAUAGCCGAUGCAUUGAACGUAUGGUACGUGAUGGUACUGAAUUACCAUCCAAUUUCCCAAAAAUCGACGCUGAAAUGCGCAAAAAGAUUGUCAUCAUAUUCGAACAAUGUGGACCGAUUGUCCGUAAUCCUUGUAUACCGCAAGAAUGGACUUCUAUCAAACACUGUAUUCGUGACCAGGCAUUCAGCAGUAAAUUGUUGGAAGAAAAUGGUCAGCCACAUUUGCCCAAGAAUGUACCAUCCAUUAGUUUGGGUUUGGCAACUGCCGUUCUUGAUUGCACUGACAAAGUGGUGAAAGGAAUCUGAUCUUUAUUGAAAUCAAUCAUUGUUUUUUAUUACUAUUAUCAUCAUCAUUAUUCAAUCCAGCAGUCGAUUUAUCCAUUGGCUUGAAUCUGUGCAAUCCGUUGUCGAGCUUGUGCAUAUUCGCUAAAAUCUAGAUAGCCAUCGCGAUUACGAUCUUCUUGUUCAAGAAGACGAUCAAUCGCUUCUGUCCAAAACGAAAUUGUUAACAAAUUAAUAAAAUCAUUGUAUAAUGUUAA